CGCCGACUGGCGCCGUCAAUCACGGAGGCAACGCUGGGACGGCGACGCUGCUCGCCGCGCGCUCGCUGCGCUAGCCGCUCGCACCGCCGCCGCCGCCGCCGCCGCGUCCACGCACGCCUCCGGCGCUCGCGCUGCUUGCCGGCCAGAACCGUCGAGCGCGCCGGGCCGCGAACAACGUGCGACAGUCUAUAGUCUGUGUGGUGAAAGUCAAUGUAGUCCUCUUCUGCCCCGUGCUUCGGAGGUGUCCCUCAAGGAACUGUGUACUUGCCCAGCUCCGCUGUCGGAUACGGCAUCAUCCUCCGCGUCAUCGUCGUUAUCCUCGUCCUCCUCCUCGACGCUUUCGCCGUGCGCGGCCCCGACGCGGACGGGGUCGCACGUGCCGGCCGACCUCGAGUGGGUGGCGGUGCGUUUGGCGAGUUGCCUGUCUUCCGUCGUUGCUGUGCCAUGCUCUAGGUGUCCACAUGGCAUCGUGUCUUCAGCGGCUAUCCUGUAGCUGACUUUUUACUAAGGGGCUGGCAAAGCAGAUGUUGCAAGUUCUUCUACUAGGCCAUUGUCGAGAAUAAGAACUGGGGUCGGUGGCCAGCAUGUCUCAGCACAGUGACGAGGCGUUGCUGGUGGCUGGCAGCGACAGCUUCUGGGAGCCCGGCAACUACAAGCGCACCAGCAAGCGCACAGAGGACGGCCACCGGCUGUGCAGCGAGCUGAUACAGCUGGUGCAGGAGCGGUCAGAGGUGGAGAAGGCGUACGCCAAGGGCCUGCGAGCCUGGUCGCGCAAGUGGGCCGAGCAGAUUGACAAGGGCCCCGAGUAUGGCACCACCGAGGCUGCCUGGAAGGGCGCUCUUCUCGAGGCCGACCGGACCUGCGAGAUGCAUCUGCGCGUGCGUGACAAGCUGCUCAACGAAGUUGUUCCACAGAUAAAAACUUGGCAGAAGGAGAAUUACCACCGGUCCAUGAUGCAACUGCGGGAACGGCGAGAGCUGGAUGAGGCAUUCAAAAAAGCCCAGAAGCCCUGGGCAAAGUUGCUCGAUCGGGUGAACAAGGCACGCAGCGACUACCAUGCCGCCUGCAAAGGAGAGCGCUCGGCCACCAACCAGGAGAGGAAUGCUGGCGCGGACAGCUCGCUGUCACCUGACCAGGUGAGGGGAUCCCCUGAUCCGGUGAAGAAGCUUCAGGACCGGGUAGCAAAGUGCAAAGAGGAAGUGCAGCGCACGCGAGAGCGCUAUGAAGCGGCUCUACAGGAGAUAAAUGACUACAAUGCCAAAUACAUGGAGGACAUGACUGUGGUGUUUGAUAAGUGCCAGGAGUUUGAGCAGCGACGCCUGCAGUUCUUCAAGGAUAUGCUGUUUUCCAUCCAUGGCUGCCUCAACAUCUCUACAGACCCAGAGCUUCCACAGAUUUACGAAGAAUACCGGCAUACGAUACAGAAUGCCGAUGCAUCAAAGGAUCUCAAGUGGUGGUCCAACAACCACGGUGUUGGCAUGGCAAUGAACUGGCCUCAGUUUGAAGAGUACUCUGAGGAAUUCCGGGACAUCGUAGGCAAGAGCAGCAAGAAGGCAGCAAUCCCCGAGAGCGGCAUCACCCUUGUCAACCAGCACAAGAUCGGCGAGGAACUGCCUGAGUACACACCUGAGGUGCAGCACAUUCACCGCAAGGAGAAAAAGGGCAUUGACUCUGGCGGCAUCACACUGACAAGCGUGAGCACCCGUGCCGAUGGUGUGGUGGCCAAUGCACCGAAAAACCAGAGCACCAACAAGGCACCCAAGGAGACAGGCACCAACCAUUCCACUGUAGCCACAACCAACAACUCAACACCCACGGCCACCACAAACACGGUGAAAAAGGCUUACAACCCGUUUGAAGAGGACGACGACGAGAAUGAGGUCGACCACCCGAGUGACAUGAAUGGGCGUGCAGGUGAAGCAAACCCAUUUGAGGAGGACCACGAAGAUUGGGAUGAAGAGUCCAACGACGCACUUGUCGACAAUGGCGAGCCGGGUGUGCCUGUUAGAGCGCUGUAUGACUAUGAUGGGGCUGAAGCAGAUGAACUAUCUUUUAAGCAAGGGGACCAGUUUGAAAAGCUAGAGGACGAAGACGAACAGGGCUGGUGCAAAGGCCGUAAGGACGGCCGGGUCGGUCUUUACCCCGCCAACUAUGUUGAAGUCAUCGCCCCCUAGAUGCGUCUCGAGCCGAGACGAAGCGGCUGACCACUCGCGCAACACACCGCGUGCUGCAGCAGUUUGCGAGUCGUUCCUCUUCGGCCCCUGUGCUCUCUCGAGAUGAAAUGAGAUGGAAAAAAGACUGUGUUGUUUUUAUCUUCAACACCCGCAACUGUUGCCACGUGGCACGUCGUCCUCUGGUCCUCUUGUCCACUUCUUCCAGUGUCAGCGCACCAUGUGCAAGCGAGUGGGCUGCACGGACAAAAUGUGGCUGGUGCGUGUGUGAUGCCGGCACACAUUGUUUACGCGUUUGCUGUCUCUCAACGUUUUUGUUUGUUUCAUCACUUCAGAGGAUGUGCUGCACCUGUUGGUGCGUGCUUUUUUUUUUUGUCUGGUGGGCACAGCGUUGCCAGAAGGGACUGUUGUACAGUGGGCGCAACAUGUGUGCGUGUCGUGUGGUUAUGUUGUCGGAAUGUCUGCUGCAAUUAACCCAGAGACAUAGUUGCCACUGUAGUUCUUCUCUCACAUAAUAGAUGUAGACUGAGGAAAGAGACACUUGGCGAUGCGCGCGUGCCACGCAUUGGUCCUCUUGCGCCCGGUAGAUAGCAAUGCCUUCUGUAUUGGCUUUUUUGUGUUGUUACCAUGGCUGGCACGGAAACGUGGUCAGCAUAGAAGCUUUGUACACAUUAGUGGCAUUUAUUUAACUGCGACGACCUCUCCCUCUCUCUGUAGUAAUUGUUUUGGUAUUUUGCACUGAACCCCCCCCCCCCCCCUUGUGUCUGUACAUAAUGUUGCUGUGUCCUUUUGCCUGUCGGCAUGUUGCAAUCACAUGUAAAGAGUUUAACUGAAAAAUGUAGAUUUCAAAGCUAGAAACAGUGUGUUUAUUUUUCUAAGUUAAUGUUUCUUUCUUUUAAAUUUGGCAAUGCUGCGAUUUUGAUGGCUGAUUUGAAUGCAUAGUCUCGCAACACUCUAACACUGCAUUGAUGACCAUUGUUGCUGCUACGGUGAGGCCAUUUUCCGCGGGUUCUUUUAUGUGGAGGUUCUUCCAAGACUAGUUCAAUGCAUUCAGCCAUGAAAAUGUCUUACGAGUACAAGCCCGCUAUAAGCGCCGGCGAGUAUUCUUCGGUUAGCCCAUUGUUCUAGGCAUUGCCCACUCCGAGAAAGCACUUUCAGUGAGGAAGUAUGUCAACACAUUUUUAACAGGUCAUUUUUUUUAUAUCCCUUCUAUAGAAGGGGGCCUCCUGUCAUCGCUAACCAACCAAAUAAUGUUGAUCUUUCAUAGUCAUUUGCUGUAUAGAAACAUACUUUUACUGCUUUGGUUUACUUUUUGCAACCCAACUAUAGCGGGCCAACAGCAUGGUCUCAUUACUUGUGUUGAGGACUGAAUUUGCUGUAGUGAACGGUCAGAUGCCUCUUUUUGUUUGUUUGUUUUCUUCCCAGUUUGCACUGGAAGUGCCUUGUAUGUAUACAUUUUUUUAUAGCACUCUAGUUAUUUUAUGCUGUUUCAUAA